AUAUGCAAAUAUCGUGGGGAGAAAAAAAAGAGAAAUAAAUUAUAUUUUAAUUAGAACUCGAAGUUACGAGUGAACUCGCUCAUAAAUAAAUUGGAUCGAACGAAAAUAUACAUUCGCGUGCAUUUUAAUCAGAGAGAUCGUUCGUAAAAAACUAUGAUUGGGACGCGUGCGUCGUUGAUUCGAUAGCUCCAAUAUUAUUCUUCGUACUUUAAAAUCGGAGAAAGAAAUGUAAAGAAGCGAUGCUAUUGGUCUUUGUACUUUUCAGUGAUUGGCCGACGACGAUAAAAGAUAUGACAUUCGGCGUACAUCCUUACCAACACAUUUUAACUAAAUUUAAAUGUCAACUUUUUUUUUGUCUGAACGUCUCUUAUACAAACAAAAUUAUAUAAAUAUCAUGAAUAUUAUUUUACAUCUUAGUCGCUUGUAUUUUCUCUUCUAUCUUUUAUUCCUCGAUUUAUUCGAUUUAUAUCGAAUAGUUUCAAAAUCAUACAUCUUCAUGAAUAUUUGACGAACUCGAUCGAUCGAACGUUAAAUCUUUUCAAUAAUAGAGGUCAGGAGUUCUCUCGAGCUCGUCUCUCUUUCUCUCUCUCUUUCUCUCUGUCUCUUUCUCUCUCUCUCUCUCUCUUUCUCUCUAUCUGCUGCUGCUGCUGCUGUUGUAUAUGUGUAUGUGAAAUCAAUUCGAAGUAUUCGUCGAUGAAAAGUUUUAGGUUAACUCGGCGAGUUAAAGUUGGCAGCAAUGCUAGCUAGCCGGUUCGACGGUAGAGUCACCUGGCGACGGCUAGGGGUAAUCGAGGCUUCUUUCUUACCCCCACCAUACUCGACAGCUGCGUCAGGCGUGGUCGUCCGGCAGUCGCAGUGAGAUCCUAGUCGGACGAAGGACUCUCGUACCGGUGUUCUCUUAGGGCGGAGUUUUUUCCUUUCCUCGUGUAUCGUAUUCAAGUACUACUUACGUGCGUGGAUAAAAGAAAAGGACACUAUAUAUAUAUAUGUAUAUAUAUACAUAUAUAAUUACACUCCUUUGAUAAUAAUAACAGAAAACGCAACAUUGAUGACGAACGAUGAGCGAAAAAGUGAGAGUGAUGAUCUUAACCACGUUCGGCCGGCAACUCGGCUAUUGUGUGCAACAACAACGGCGACAAUACGAUCGUUCGUGAAGCUUAGCAAAGCUUUUUGAAGAGAAGGCAUAAGACAGAAAGAGAGAGAGAGAGUAAGAGAGAGAUAGAGAUAAAGAUUGUGAGAGAAAGAAAGAGAGAGAGAGUGAGGGUGGUGUAGGAACGACGCGCGGCAGGAAUCCCCCCCAUAAAGUCAGGCGUGCAUCUUCUUCCUUGAAAGAAUAAUCUUUCUUUAGGAAUUUUACUUGAUCUCGACGAAUCUUUUUAGUCUUUCCCUCGACGAGAAAUACAAUAUACACACACACACACACACAAAUAUAUAUACAUAAUAUAUAAAAGUAAAGGGACAUUUUGUGUGGUGUGUUGGUGUUAAGGUAUUCGACGCUCCUACUCUGUCUUAUGUAUAUAUAUAUAUAAAUAUAUAUAUAUAUAUAUAUAUUUUUUUUUUUCUCCACCGUUCGACGGUCGAUCGUCUUCUUGUCUCUUUUCUAUCCAUCUAUCUAUCUAUCUCUCUCUGUGGUUGAGAUAUAUAUAUAUAUAUAAUAUAAUAUAUAUAUAUAUAUACGUACGUACAUAUAUAUUUCUUCUCUCUCGCUCUCCGUCUUUCUCUUCUCGCACACGACGGACUUUCGUCUUUCUGUGUGCGUGCGUACGCGCGCCCUUACGCAUCGGACCUCAACAUCGUUAGCGGAAAAUCGUCGUGGGAGAAAGAAAAGAAGGGACGAAAGGAGAGUAGAGGAGAGGAGGAGAAGAAGUGUACAAGUGGGGGAGGUGUUGUUCACAGUGAAGUAGAAGUAGAAGAGGAACGAACAGGACGAAGAAGAAGAAAAAAAAGAAGCAGAAGAAGAAGAAGAAGAAAAUAAAUAAAAGGAAAUAAAGAAAAAGAAAGAUGUCGACGGAAAAUCAACAAAACGGUUCAGCUGGUCCGACGCAAAGCAACGGUCUUAAAUCUGCAACCAUCAACGUGACCGGUAAUACCAGGACGAUACCGAACAACUCGUCGUUCCUUUAUAGCAGUAAUUCGAUGUUGAAUCGAGAUAAGCCACGGCAAGUGCCGCCUCCGACUUUACCGAAAUACACGUCGAGUUUCAACGCGGGAUCGAACGGCAGUGGCGCCGCCGAGAGACUGAGCAGAGACAGAGAGGCUGGGGGUAGUUACAGGCUGGCAAGCCUCGAAAGACUCGCCCUCAGGCAGAGGAUACUCGAUGGAGAAAAAGCUAACGGUGAUGCCACAUCGAUACAGGCGAAGCGCGAGCUGUUCUUCAAAGGCGACAGCACGGGCAUAAUCUCAUCGCCUUCGGUGCCCUCAGUUCCACCACCUCAACCACCAGGCCAGGCGUCGUCAUCAGCAUCAUCUUUGACGACUACGAGUGGCAAUACAACGACUA